AUGGCCAGGAAUGAUAUUAGGAUAGGGGUGCCAGAAGAAUUGGUUGAUGAAGUGUAUUGGUUAUCCACAUGGAAGAAGGUUUAUGAAAAUGUGAUUAAUCCAAUUCCCGAGCCUGAGAAUUGGAUACCCUCACAAUGCCCCACCAAACUUCUGCCUACCAAACACCAUAAGCAGGUUGGGAGGCCACAAAAGAAGAGGAAGAAAUCAGUUGGUAAGGUUGAAGUUGAAGCUCAUUUUGAUAGUGAGGGAAAAAUGACCAGGAAGGGCUAUACAACCAAGUGUAGCAAGUGUGGAAAUUUGGGACACAACAGUAGGACAUGCAAGGGCCAGGGUGGGGAGAAUGUGGAGAAUGUUGUACAUGCACCAAGUGAGAAUGUGGAGAAUGUUGUACAUGCACCAAGUGAGAAUCAAGUUGCAGGUGGAGAAAACAAAACCAGGAAGAAGUGUAGCAAGUGUGGAAGCUUGGGUCACAACAGUAGGACAUGCAAGGGCCAGGGAGGGGAGAAUGUUCAAGAAUCUCAAACUGUAUCACAAGGUGCACCAAGUGAGACUGAAGCUUAG